AUGGCGGCCCAGCUCGAUCACGAACUCAUUGCUCUCGCCGCAUCCUCCCUCUCCGCCAUCCCUGACAAUGACGGCGAUCACACCGUCACGGCCGCCGCCCGCACAUCCAACGGCCUCGCCUUUGCUGGAGCAAACGUGUUCCACUUCACCGGAGGCCCUUGCGCCGAGCUCGUGGCCCUCGGCGUCGCCGCGGCCCAGGGCGUCCUCGCCAAGGACAUCACCGCCAUGGUCGCCGUGCGCCGGGACGAGGGCAAGAUCAGGGUGCUGAACCCAUGUGGGAGGUGCCGCCAGGUUCUUCUCGACUACAAUCCGGAUAUAAACGUCAUUGUGCUCGACGAGACGGGCGUCCAAAGGACAGUGCCGGUUCGGGAGUUGCUACCGUUCGCAUACGUGUAUGGCGCUGGGGGAGAAACGGUUGAGGAAGUCGCCACUGCUUGA